AUGUCGUUUCCUCCGGGUUUCCUGUUCUCGCCGUCCGGGUCUCUGGCGCUGCGCUCGUGCCCUUCCUUCGGCUCCGGGGUCCUCUUAGGACCGAGACCGGAGGAGCUGGGUCGGUCUUCUUCGGGGUCCGCCUUCGCCCCGUACCCGGGAUCCGGAACCUCUCCCGGCUUCAACUCGCACCUCCCGUACGGCGGAGAGCCGCGCGCCACCGCGAACCUCAGCUCCUUUGUGAGUCCGGGCUAUGAUCCGUCAUCGGGGCUCCCCGGCUCCUUGGACUACCACCCGUUCGGGGUCCUGGGGCCCUACACCUACGGGGACCCCUCCUACCGGAAGAACGCCACACGGGACGCCACGGCCACGCUGAAGGCCUGGCUCAGCGAGCACCGCAAGAACCCCUACCCCACCAAGGGCGAGAAGAUCAUGCUGGCCAUCAUCACCAAGAUGACCCUGACCCAGGUCUCCACCUGGUUCGCCAACGCUCGGCGGAGGCUGAAGAAGGAGAACAAGAUGACCUGGACCCCCCGAAACCGGAGCGAGGACGAGGAGGACGAGGACAACAUCGACCUGGAGAACCACGACGAAGACGACCAGCCCCUCAAGACCACCGGAGAGCCGGAGAGCCAGAGCCAAGCCGCCCGUCUAGCAGCCUCUGUGGGGACCCCGUGCGUGCUGCUGUAUAGAGAGGACAGCAGCAGCAGCAGUGAUACGGACUUUAAGGACUCGGUGGACUCGGUGGACCGGAGGCUGUCCCUUGUCCCGGGUCCCACUUCUACAGGGACCACUCCCCAAAACACCCCCCUGGUGAUUGACAGAGUGGAGCGACCGUCGAGUCCACCGUCUAAAGACCACGUGGACUCCUGCGGCGCCACCCAGGGGCCAAACCCGGCCCUGAAACCCAAACUGUGGUCGCUGGCGGAGAUCGCCACCUCUUCAGAUAAGAGUAGAGGAUGUAGGGACUCGUCCCGGACCCCCUUCCCACACAGCCCGGCCCUGCCCCGACACCUAUACUACACCUCCCCCUUGCUCCCCGUGUACUCCGGCUUCGGCCCCCUGGGGCCCCUGCACAGCUCGCACCUGAACGGAUUACACCAGACGAUGCUGAAGAGAACCGCGGCCGCGGCCAGAGACUGCAAAGCACACAGCCAGAACCAGCUGGACCUGCAGGGACUGGAGAGAGGCAGUGUCGACCCGGGCACCAUUUAGACUGGGAGCACUGGUGCUGCUGGGACAGUCUGAAACCUCCUGACAUCAAACACACAUGU